UUGGAAAUCCGCACCAGAACAGCAGCAUGGAGGCGUGCUGUUUGGCUUGACAGAUGGCAGGCGGGAGACACUCCUCACGGCUGUCUCUCUCGGUCCGUUGGUCCAUCCCGGUUCCCAUUGUCUCCCCCUUUUCACUUCUUCAAGACAAACCCUGAGACGAGAAACUGGACCCAGACGUCAUUUGGCUCGGAGCCGCUACUGCGCGUCACCUUUACAGACGCGUAAUUCUGCGCGAAAUUUGGACAUCCGUGCGUUUAUUUUGUUUUUGCUUGUAUUGAUUAUUUGGGAAGUGUCUUUAUAAAAAAAAAAGAAGGCUGGGGAGCAACUGAUCGUCGAGUCGGGCUGCUGACAAAGAAAUAUAAAAGAAAAACAAUAAAAACAUUGGAGAAGAAGGAAAGAUGAUCAUGAGGAGGGGGACUCAUUAGACAGAAGAGCCACAGAAAUCAUCUUCCAGGAGGCUGACAUAAAUCAGAGUACCUUAUAAACGCCUUCAGCUGACACUGCCUAUGUGGAUAAGCCAUUUAGUGGAAAAAAAAACUCGCGUGGAAAGAAGACAUCUGUGUUUGGGUGAGGAUGUUGCCGCUGCGUGUCUCUGACUUCCCCUGAGAAAAGAAUUGGAGAGGAGCCCCUCUGUUUGUGUGGAGAUACAAAAAAAAUAGAUGCAGGGGCCACUUUCACUUGUUUCCUUCACCUGGAAACAAAUUACGCCCACCAAAGCAGGCAAUCUGGGCUUUAAUCGGAUUAUUGAGGAAGAGACCUGAGAGAUCGGAGGGAAAUUAUCUGGCCAAUUCCACCAUCUGCCUGCUGCUGUCCAGGAUUGUGCCCCUUCAGCAGGGCUAAAGAUGCGACUCAACGACAUGAGCCCUGAAAGGAUUACUAGUCCAACAAGGUGAAGUCUGGAAAAACUGAAUGGACACAGUUGGAACAUCAUCUCAUCGAUGCAAAGGGAUUUUUACUAACUUCACCCCACUUGUUUGUUUUAUUUCUGCUAAAAUAGCCUGUUAUUCAAGAUGAAUAAUAAUAUUUUGUCUUGAAUUUUCUUAAAUGGUCAUAGUUGAGUCCUGAUCUGAGUUAAAACAUACAGACUACCUAUCUCCCUUUCAUCUGAAUGAAGCUGUCAUCCUUUAUUGUUUUAAGGACCAGAGAGUACAGGGACUGAGCUCUGCACUCUGAGGCCACAGAGCAGCAUCUCCACCUGGGGCUGCCAGACAGCCAGACGGCCCCUUACGCACUGCAGGUGGGGUUGGAGGUAAAGGAAAAGACUUUGGGGAUUAUCUACUUUCUGGAACUCUGCAUAGAAGGAGGAGGAUAUCAUGGGGUGUUGCAGCGGCAGGUGCACCUUGGCCUUCAUCUGUGGCAUGCAGCUGGUCAGUGUGUUGGAACGUCAGGUGAUUGAUUUCCUGGGCUACCAGUGGGCUCCCAUCCUGACCAACUUCCUGCACAUCAUCGUCGUCAUCCUUGGCCUGUUUGGCACCAUUCAGUUUAGGCCCAAAUAUGUCACAGGAUAUGCAGCCUGGCUCGUCAUCUGGAUGACCUGGAAUGUUUUCAUCAUUUGUUUUUACCUGGAGGUUGGAGAUCUGUCCAGAGAGUCUGACCUUGUCCUGACAUUCAACCUGUCAAUGCAUCGCUCCUGGUGGAUGGAGAACGGACCUGGUUGCAGAGUGACACCCAUCACCCCCCCUCCAUCUUGGGCACCUGAGGACCACAGAUAUAUAUCUAUAUCUGGCUGUCUGAUAGACUUUGAGUUCAUAGAAGUGGCUCAUUCCUCACUGCAGAUACUCCUGGCUUUGGUGGGGUUUAUCUACGCCUGUUAUGUGGUGAAGCUCAUUUCUGAAGAAGAAGAUAGUUUUGAUUUUAUAGGAGGAUUUGACUCUUAUGGUUACCAGGGACCCCAGAAGACCUCCCACCUUCAGCUACAGCCUAUGUACAUGUCAAAGUAAAACCAGAAGCCACUUCAGAGGAUCAGCCUUACCAACGAUCACUGCGUUUACCACUCCAACACUCCUCUAAGACAGACAGUCAUGUAGACAGAGGAUAGAUCACACCCUUCAUUUCUAGCUCCAAAUACUCUGAAAUCCUCAAUCAGAUGACAUCCUUUGGCUCUGUCCACUGACGGAGUCCCUUGGGAAAUGCUGACAUCAUGUGGCCAACCGUGAUAACUGCAGCAUCUCUCAGCCACACUGAUUUCAUGUUUUUGAAGCCCAGUCAGGAGCCAAUAUUAUAAUAGUUUUUUUAGUUUUUUGUGAGUGGAUGUUUUGUUGUUAGAAAACACCAAGAGGUCGGAUUAAGACUGGCUUUUUCUCAGGCUUUGUGAAAGAAUUUUAAAUCCUGCUGAAACUGAAUCCAAUACCUUCAAGAUACAGUAAUGAAAUCCUCUGGUUUAAGAUUUACAUGAUGACUGUCAAGCAGAUAUUUCUGACCAAAGACUUCGAAGUUAAACUACAAAAAAGGAAAAAAAAAAAAAAAGAAGAACUCCUGAAGUCUAAGGGAGCUUUUUUUUUCUGCUCUUGGUGCCUGACGGUUUGCGUAACAGACUUCCAACCUGGACCCUGCAAUGGUGACUACCGAUCAAGGAAUGUCGGACAUUUCUUUUCUAAAAUCUAGUUUUCCUGCUGCAACUGGGAAUCUUGUCAUGACAUGGAAAAGUGAAUGCUCGAAGGAAGUCUGGGCUUGCUCCUUACCGGUAUUUUAUGAAUGUCAACUAACAGUGUGAUGCGAUGACUUACAGGCUCUCAGCUUACAGAUGCAUGGGGACAAGAUAACAUGCAUGCACACUUACACAGGUCCUUCUUACUAAUGUGAAUCUUAACAAUGUUUACAAAGGUAAUGCUGUCUACUUGACAGACAGGGGUGGAUAGAGGGUCACUUUUUAACAGCAGUAUUUUCAGACAACAGAGGCUCAUCUUGCAGUCCUGCUUAAAUAUUUUGUCUUCCACUCAAGACAGAAGUAUAUCAUACCUACAGUCCCUUGCAAAAGUAUUAAUAAUACACGUUAAUAUGAGUUUCAUUAUUGUUUUACGUGACAGAUGAGCACAAAAUAGUCCAAAGCCGAGAAAGGAAAGAAAAAGGCGUAUUUAUGAAAUCUAAAAAGUGCAGUUUGUUUUUCUUGUCUGUACCUCCCCUAAAUUGGUUUCUUCCAUUCACAGUUGUCCUUUGUGUUGGUCUAUCAUGGGAAAUUUAUAUUAAAUAUUCUGUUGGCUGUGUCAUGAAACAUGUUUGAAAGUUCACUUUUUGCAAGGCAGUGUAUUUUUAAUUGCAAAUUACAUUCAGAAUUUAUUAAAACCCAAUCAACCGGCAAAAAGGAAUUGCUCAAAGCAGCUCUCCUUUGUUUCAAAUGAUGCUUACUGUAUACACAUCCCCAAUAGAAAAGACAAUCACACCCAGCUGUAGUCUCCACUUUUACUGAAUCUUUAGAAGCACUUGGCAAACAUACAUUUUUAUUUCAAUUUUGACGACUGGAGAAAACAUGACUUUUGAAAAGCAGCAGGGGCUGAAUCCUGGGCAGGCUAUAUUUACCCCCUUUCAAAUAGGCGGGAGGCGUAGCAACUCUUUCUGUCAACUCACAGCUCAAAAGUUUCAAGAUGAAAGUGCCAUCUGAUUCCGAUCAUGAGCCACAGGCUGGGACCAAAUACAGGUCUGCGAUUCCUUUUCAUAGUUUCCAUGUUAGAAAAAAGUGAAGUUGCAAAAAAAGAAAAUACAGACAUACCAGAUUUUUUUUUUUGCCUUCUAAUCCUGUUGAAAAAAAAAACACAGCUAAAGUCUACAAUUUUUUUGAUAAACUGGACCAAAAGUUUGAGGCCUUUUGCUGAAGACAUCCAGAAAGGACUGCUUCCCCGGUUCCUGUGCUGCACUGGCUCAGUCUGCAGUUCUCCUCAGCAUUUUACCUGUUUUGUAACAAAACCUUGUGGUCUACUUUCCGAGUCGCUCCAUCUUGAGGACAGAGACGACAUUUUGUGUGUUUGCAUGAGGUGUUUCCAAACUGUUGCAUAUUUAAUCUCAUGCCUCGUGUGAUUAACUAGCUUCGUAAUAAGAAAAAAUGCAGAAGAAAAAAGAGGGAGGGAGCUAUUGUUUGUUUGAUGCUCCUCGGCUCUUUUUGAAGAGUCCUAAAUGUGAACUUUGUGCUUUUUUGUUGUUUUCUAUAAAUAAGAGUCUGCAAAGUUUAGGAGAACGUAGGUACCGCGAUGUAAAAAUUAUCAAAUGUAACUUUGAUCUUCUAGAAGUUUUUUUAUUCACAUGUGACAGUGUUUACUGUUUUUUCUAGUUGCCUAUUAAUGUAUGAUGUUGUGUAUAAGUGGGAAAACUAGGUUUUAUUUCUUCUAACUGUUCAAAGUAUAUAAAUGGAGAGUUGGAGAAAAAUAAAAAACAAACAGCAGAACUCAUUUUUAUACCAGUAUCAUCAAGACAUUUAACUGAAAAAUGGCCUGUUAUGAUUAAUUUUUUAUUAUUCAAAAUUGGAUUUUUAUUUUCUAACUAAUAACAGUUAAUUUCUUUGUUAGCCUCUGGUUGUUUUAUUUUAAAGCAACCGACACUGUGUGAUAAAUAUUAAUUACUGCAUUUUGUUCACAAUCAAACAAACCGUCGAAGUUAGAAAGGUGUAUAAAAGUGUGUGUUUGGGUGAGUUUGUGUGUGUGAGCUUUGUAUUCUGAGUCAUGGCGAACUGUAAACGCUUAACCCAGGCCCAUCAAAAUUCGGAAAUAAAUACAGUAACAAGAGUAAUAGCUGAAGGAUUUGUAUAGAUUUGAAUCCUUACUGCUGUUAAGAAACUAAAAGCCUUUUGCACAUGAAUUUUCAACCCCAUUACAACCUGCUAAAAACCUCUUAGUCGCUAUAUUCUUUAUUGCAGUAGCAUUGUCUCAAACAAGAAUCCAAAUCCAACAUUUGACUUGAGUGCAUUUGUUCAGUGUGGAAAAUGUCCGACAUCAAGAAAAAGCUGCUGUAAUUGUCUCCACAUUGAGAGCCCACCUCCUAAUUUGACUUAAUUAAUUUAUUUAUGAAUGCUUGAGUUGCUAAGAUUUGAAAAAUAAAAGUAGCUGUUUUCGUGUUUCCUCUGUUUUUCUUUUGUAUCUAAAUGUUUCUGUUUAUCAAACAAAUGCUAAGAUUAAAGUGUGCAUUAAAGUUAAUCCAAAUUUUAUUUUGACUGUCGAUUUUUAUAAAGGGAAAAGAAGUUAUUCAAAUGAACUGGACAUUAUUUGGAAAAAUUAUUUCCUACCUUCCUAAGUAAAGUGUAUUGAGCCAUUUUUUUAUGUAAAUGAUGCACAUCUAUAUUAUCAAGAAAUCCCCUUAGUAGAACCUGUCUAACAACAGGAAGCAGGCAAAAAAAUUUCAGGAACCAACACAUGUUCCUUUGAUUUAAAGAAAUCCAAGAUCAGGUCAAGACUAAAGUUCUUUAUGUAGUUCAGUGUGGGAAUGGUUACAAAGUUCUACCCAAAAUUCCCUACAAAUCUUAUCAGCAAUUCAUUCAGGAAGCGACAGAAAGCUCUAACCUGACUGUGCUAAUCUUGAUGUGUAUCAUCCACUAAUAAAACAAUUAGUCUCAGCAGAUAUGUCUUUACAUCUACGCUGUUACUUCUAAUAAAUGAUGGUGAUUUUAAAGUGACCUAAUCAAAGCCUUAAACUCCAACACAAUUUAAAAGCCAUGCUUUGAUCUCAAAUUGACAAUUUAAUCUCAAAGUCCUCGAAUAUUGCUACAUUAAACAUUUCUGCAAAGAAGCGUGAUUUUCUUUUUGCUCAGGUUGUUUUGCUGCAUACUGACAUUUUUAGUAAUGAUCUAGAUUUGUCAAAAAGUAAAAGGAGGUAAAUACUUUUUACACAACUAAACUUAUGCCUAACAUAUGAAUAUUAAAAAACAAACCUGUUUAAAACGGAUCAAAAGUUAUACAAUGUAAAAGCUAAUACAGGGGAACUGCAGUUUUUAAAGUGAGUUUAUUGUUUCUGUUGUAACAUAUGAGUUUAUAUCUUUGUAAUGCCACAUAGCCUUGUCCUUUAAACUAUUACACAUUUCAAUGGAAAUCUCUCUACUUUCUAAAAUUCCCCAAAAGAUGUCGCUAAAAUGUUAAAUUCAACUUAUUUAACACGUUAUAGUGAUUUUCCUUAUUUUGGUUCUGGGUUUAUCAGUUACAGUUCGCCAUAAACUAUAACCAUGUAUGUUAUAGGAUUCUCUUUUUAUGCUGGUUUUCCCACAGUUGACUGUACAUAAACUAGACAGCUGGGAUUAAAGUAGAGUGUGGAAAAUGA